AUGGGCGCCUCAAACAACAUUAUCCUCUACCUCACGCUCUUCACCGUCCUCUCGAUAUGCAUAUCGCACCACGGCGUCUUCGCCUUCGGGGCGGGGAACAUCCCCUCAUUUGCGUACCUCGAGGGCAAGGCCUUCAGGCAUGGUGAUAUUGAAGAUGUGCUGGCGAACCUGUCGAAAGUUGGAGGAGGGUUCGCGCUGAACAAGCUAUUCGGCGGAGGGAAAUUCCGUGGGCUGGAUAUCAAGCGCGUGUACUUUGGCAACUGGCUGCGAGACUACAGUCAAGCAGUCGACAUCGCGUCGUUGCAGAAGGUCCCCCUUCAGACUAUCAUCAACUUGUGCAUGGUCUUGGGCUUCCUGGCUCAUGGCUAUGCUACAAAUGAAUUUGAAGUGACCGCUGAGCGUCUUGGGACAUACCUUCCCACCGAACACAUCGACAAUCCCAAAGGCUAUGGUGGCAAUGAAGACCCUCGCAAGUACCACCCCAGCCUCCGCCCUCCCGUAGACCCCCGCGAACUCGAAAUCGACCCCCACACGGGCAUGAAGAACUACAUCGCGAACGAGAACGGGCACUGGGACACCUCCAAGGCCCUCGUCCGCCGCACCUUCCUCCGCUGCAUCGACCUCGGCCGGCGCGGGCGCGGCGGCAGCAAGCCCGAGCUCUACGAGUCGUACCGCCUCCUCGGCCAGGCGCUGCACACGCUCGAGGACUUCCCCGCGCACUCGAACUUCUGCGAGCUCGCGCUGGUGUCAAUGGGGCACGGCCAGGUGUUCACGCAUGUGGGGGACGGGGUAAGGGUGCAGGCGCCGAAUGGGAGGCAUGUGGCGCCGUUGGUGACGGGGACGUUUGGGUCGAGUGAUUUUAUUCAUUCGUUGCUGGGGGAGGCGACGGACCAUCUUUCCCAAGCCUCAGUGACUGACCUCAACCACGAGAUGGAGAACGCGAAGCAAAGAUCGCGCGACCGCUCUGGCCCCGGAGGUGGCGGCGAUACAUCUACGCUCCGCGAGUUGUUCAGCUUGCUUCCCGACGGAUCUGGCGGUGAUCUGUCGAGAGACAUGGACAGCGUCUCCGGUCUUCGUGAUGGUACCGCGAAUGGCAAGCGCCCGGAAGACAUGAGUCCGCAGGAGCUACACGCAGUCCUGUGGAAAGUGCUCAGCUUCCGUGACGCGGUUGCGAAGAAGAUCAGCAAAACGAUUGAGAAAAUUCCUGGCCUUGGUCCCCUCAUCGAGAAGAUCAUGGACGGCAUCUCGGUUUUCGUCUUCACCACGCUCGAGCCGUUCCUCAAGCCCUUGCUCAAGACCUCGACGAGCGCUCUGUCUGCAGCUUCCGGCGAAGUCAUCGACAAUCAAGACCAGUACGAGGUCUUCAACCGCUCGAAUGCUUCUGACCCGACGCACUCCUUCUUGAGCAAGGAUCACUUCAACUUGAUCCUCAAUGAGCCCGCGGGUCUUAUUGCGAAGACGAUCGUGACGUACGCUGUAACACGCAUCACCAACGCAUGGAACGACGACUCUGUCAACCCAGGCCACGUCGUUGAGGAUAUUCUGCAAUGCCUCUUCCACCCCGACUGGCACAACCGGCAAUCACAGAUCCAGGUUGAGAUGAUGCAGACCAUGCACAACUGGUUCUCUCAGAUGCGCCAGGAUCGUCAGCAGACCGUCCUACAGCGCCUAACCAAGCAGGCCGUUCGCGACCACAAGAACAUCCGCUUGCAGGGCGAGGGCGGGCAGCCCGAGGCCGUCGGCUCGUACGCCUACAACGAGGGCCAUGCCGCACAGAACGCGCUUCUUGGCUACGCACAGGGCAUCCCGGGCGUCUCGCAGGCCUCUGGCUUCAUCAAUCAGGUCCAGGGCGCUUUUAAGCCCAGCGGGCCCGGCAGGGAUGCUCCGGGCGAGGCGAGCGCGUACUACGGUGGCGGGUCGUCUUCGUCGCCGAGCUACGCGCCUCCGAGUGCGCCACCACCAAACACAAGCAGCUACCCGGGAGGAGGUGGGAGCAGCUACACACCACCGAGUGGACCUCCGCCAGGUAGCGGUGGCUCGUCGUUCCCGAGCGCGCCAGCGCAUGCUGGGUACACACCCGCGUACGGCUCGCCCGCACCACCAUCCGACGGCCCUGGCUUCCCGGGUUACUCUGGCGCACCAAGCUCAGGGUAUCCAGGCGGUCCAGGAGGCUCGAGCUAUCCCGGUGGUCCCGGAUUUCCCGGAGGACCAGGGUCGAGUUAUCCUGGAGGUCCCGGUGGUUAUGGCGGGUCACCACCGUCUAUGGGUUUCCCGGGAGGACCUCCUGGAGGACCCGGCUUCCCUGGUGGUCCACCGCCACCAGGCGGUUUUGGAGGUCCUCCGCCUGGAGGCCCAGGAUUCCCCGGAGGACCGCCGGGGGGUCCAGGUUUCCCUGGCGCAAACCCGUACGGCGGAGGCUCUUCGUACCCUGGCGCGCCGCACCAUCACCAUGGCGGACAGAGCGGGUAUCCUGGAUCGGGCUGGUAA